UCCGUCCUUGCGUAGGGCCCCGGCAGGCACGCAAGUACGCACGGAGUCUGGCCCACUUUUUUAAACAUCCGUCCAUUGAGACGGAGAAUGCAAGCUUGUGAUUGGUCAGAACGCCGCUGUUGUUUACACCGCCGCCAUUGCGCCCUCAGAAACAUAAAGAGAGCCGAGGAUAACUAGCGGCAGACACGAAAGAAGCUUGAAGAAUACCUCGCGAAAAAACUCUAAAAUAUGAACGUUUAAUUCCCCCGUGACUGGAGGAGUGAAAAGAUGCGCAGCAAGCAUUUUAUUUGAGGACGGAAAUAACAGGAAACGGGGUUUAGAGGUGGUGAGCGCAUGAAGAGGUGGAGGAGAAUGAGGGACAAAUUUUUCUUUGUUAAAAAGUCUCAUAUACAAAAAAAAAACACAAUAUAAACACACUAUCUUGGACCAGAUACAUGACAGGAUACCACAGAACAGCGCUACGCCCUCUGUUGUCCUGGUGGGGAAUUGCUUUGCAACACUCCCCAGGAGACGGAGAAGUAUGAAAGCAAAACGCUUCCGUCAAUACGUGCGUGUCUGUCCCUUGUGGAGCUGACGGAGAAGCAUGAAUCAGGCUUUAGGGAAAGGAAGGGAGGGCCUGACGUGAUGCUGCUGUUAGGGUAUCUCUAUGCUCCACAGUAGCAGCGACGGAUGGCUGGUUUGACCGGCUCUGAGAGGCGUUAAUCAGAAUUUGCAGAUAGCGUCAUAGUUAUUUGUUAAAAUAAUGCAUUACCAUAAAUAGUAAUGUGUUUACCAACAUUGGUUAUGUAUAUUACUGAUUGCAAAAACACGCCUAGGUAUUUUGUCUUGUCUUUUUACUGAAUAUUUUUAUUUUAUAUAUUUCUGCUUGGUUCACUGCAGUUUCAAGGAAGAGAGAAGAGACGGAUCAGAAACCUCUGCUCUUACGUUUCCACAACCAUCAAAUGAAAGACGGAGGUGUACCAACCAGCAGCUUGGCUGGGCAGAUGACAGCAAUAGUUGGUGGAGGAGCAGAAACUAGGAAGAACCUAGAUCUGGACCCUAAUGAAAAGACAUCCGAUUCUUCAGAGAUUGAAGUUAGUGGAGAAGAUGAAGAUGAUGUGAAUCUAGACGCUGAGCUUUCAGACUCUGGGCCUGAAACUGGAAAUGGAGACCAUGGCUGUAAUGAGAACAAGUCUUCAGAGCCAGAUAUUAAGACAGUCGACAAAUCAUUUAGCUGCCCUGUGUGUGGUAUACGGUUCCUCCACCAGUGGUCUCUUCAGGAACAUGUGAGAGUGACAAGUCAUUCAGCAGUAAAGUCUUCAGAGUGUUCGGUUAAUACAAAAUGUGUGAAAGAGAAGCAACAUGGAGGCUCAUGCAGAAAAGUCCAGAAAGAACCAAAAUCAUUUAGUUGUGAUGAAUGUGGGAAAAGAUUUAGCCAAAAAUCCAGUUUAACCCGUCAUAUGAAAGGCCACACCGGGCAGAAGCCUUUUGCCCGUGAGCUCUGUGGAAAAAGAUUUAGCCAUAAACAUAGUUUAAACACACACAUGCAAGUGUACACAGGUGAUAAGCCUUUUGCCUGUGAGCUCUGUGGGCAAAGAUUUAGCUUUAAAAAUUAUUUAAACAUUCACAUGAGAGUCCACACAAGGAAUAAACCGUUUGCCUGUGAGCUCUGUGAAUACAGAUGUACCCAAAAGGUACAUUUAAACACACACAUGAGAGUCCACACAGGAAAGAAGCCUUUUGCCUGUGAGCUCUGUGAAUACAGAUGUACCCAAAAGGCAAGUUUAAACACACACAUCAGAGUCCACACAGGAGAGAAGCCUUUUGCCUGUGAGCUCUGUGGGAAUAGAUUUCGUGAAAAGGGACAUUUAAACACACACAUGAGAGUCCACACAGGAGAGAAGCCCUUUGCUUGUGAGCUUUGUGGGCAAAGAUUUAGUCGUAAAAAUAUUUUAAACUGUCACAUGAUAGCCCAUACAGGAGAUAAGCCUUUUGCUUGUGAGCUCUGUGGGAAAAGAUUUUGUGAAAAGGGACAUUUAAACACACACAUGAGAGUCCACACAGGAGAGAAGCCCUUUGCUUGUGAGCUCUGUGGGCAAAGAUUUAGCCGUAAAAACCAUUUAAACACACACUUGAGAGUCCACACAGGAGUGAAGCUUUUUGCUUGUGAGCUUUGUGGGCAAAGAUUCAGCCGUAAAAAUAUUUUAAACUGUCACAUGAGAGUCCAUACAGGAGAUAAGCCUUUUGCUUGUGAGCUCUGUGGAAAUAGAUUUCGUGAAAAGGGACAUUUAAACACACACGUGAGAAUCCACACAGGAGAGAAGCCUUUUGCAUGUGAGCUCUGUGGACAAAGAUUUAGCCAUAAAAAUAGUUUAAACACACACAUGAAAGUCCACACAGGUGAUAAGCCUUUUGCCUGUGAGCUGUGUGGACAAAGAUUUAGCCGAAAGACAAAUUUAAAGAGGCAUACGAGCAUCCACAAAAGGCUCGAGGGAUUAAUUUAACAACAGUACUUCCAAAAUUACUAUUCAGUUUUUUUUACAACCUUAAUAUUAGUCUUGUACCUCUGCUCAACUGUCGUUGAUAAAGUCCGUACUCGGCCCUCGAGCCACCUCUUCUUUUGGUUUUAUUUUUCAAAUCUCCUUUGUUUUUUAAACUCAGACCUUAACCAAACAUUUGAGAAGUUCAUUCAUGAAUUCUGAAUACAAAAAAAUAUUACUUAAAGAUUAAGACAAACAUGUUAUACCCUCCUGUAUUGAAGAAACAGACAAGACAAGAGGCACAUGAUGGUUGUAAUACAUAACCCACUGCAUUUUAGAGGUGUUCGAUACCAGUGGUGUCUGCUUUAAACGAUUUAUCUGUAUAUAAAAUAAUAGCAUACAAUGUUGUAAUAACUGCAGCUGAAAAAGAAUGUGUCUUUAUUCAUCUGGAACCCUUACGUAGAAAUCCCACUUUAAAGGCUGUGGAGAGACAGCUGGGACUGUAGUCAAGAAGUCAUAAAUUACAAGGUGGCUCUGUGGAGACUCAAUUCUUCUACAAUAGCAUUUUGCUAUUCUAAACAGGCUUAGGUCAAGGUCACAUUAAUUUCUAUAGCACACUUAUUAUUGCUUUCGCAACCCAAAGUGCUGUACAACACACAAGAUAACAUAGCAAGAAAGUAUAACUAAAAACCAUAAAGCCAUUAAAAUGAGCAUGUUGGGAUAAAUACAUCUUUACAUCACACAAUUAUAAAAUCAAUAAAAAUGAGAAAGAGUGACAAAAAUAAAAUCAUCCUACAUAAAAGCCAGGUUGAAGAAAUGAGUUUUAAGCAAGGACUUAAAAACAUCCAGAUUUUGAGAGGCUGUUCCAAAGUGUAGGGCCGGCCACAGAGAAUGCCCUAUCUCCUCUCGUCUUAAGGCGAGGCUUUAGUACUGACAAUAAAAUCUGUGAGCCUGACCGCAAAUUCCUGGCUGUAGGUUAACAAUAAAUCAUCUAUAUAAGGAGGGGCCAGACCAUAAAGUGAUUUAUAAACAAAAAGCAACAAUUUAAACUGAAUCCUGUAGUGCACUGGGAGCCAGUGAAGGGAAGCAAGCACUGGAAAGAUAUGGUCAUGCUUCCUUGUACCUGUUAAAAGGCGGGCUGCUGCAUUUUGAACUAUUGAAAAGAACAGUAUUAAUAAUCAAGUCCGUGUCCAACAUGUCCAUGUCAUAAAAUCUCACCAAGUCCAAUAGAAAAGUCUUACAGGAGUCCGGGUCACCAUGAAAAUUGUACAUCCGGGUCUGCUGGGUCCUGGUUGGUCGGUCCAUUCUGUCACGAUACGCUAGAUGGUUAGGACCCAAAUGCAGGAACCCAAGAUGACACGAGGAAGGAUAUGAUAUAAGAAAAAAAAAUCCUUUAUUGGAGGAGCCAAAAAAUAAAAUAAAUCCAAAAGGCUGGGAGCCAAUAAAUCCAAAGGCAGUCAAAAAACUAGAGACCAAAAACACAGGAGGCUAGAGAAGGCUGAGAUCAAAAACACUGGAGACAAGACAAGACUGACAGAAUACAAACAAUGGACCGACACCAAACAGAGACAAGACAGGGCUUAAAUACACAGGGAGAACAAUUAAGGAAACAGGAAGCAGGUGUGUGGAGUGAGGGCUGGAGGGAAGGCAGGUGACACAAAUUAUCUAAAUGGGGAAACAGAACCAGUGAAGGGCAGAUAAACCUAAACAUAAAACUAAACCUAAGACUGAGGGAAGGACUCACACACACUGACACACACAUGCACUCACAAUCACACAUAUACUGAGCUGGGGAACAAGAGGCUGGAGCUACAAUUGGAGGGGCUGAGGAUGACUAAAUGAACACUGGACCUGAGGGAAUGAUAUGAAGGCCUACAAACAGAAGACACAUAAAUGAGAUGCAGACAAAGGACACAUGAGGGUGCUGUGAGACACAGAAGGAUGGAGAAACAUCAGGUGACACAUUAAGGAAGAUCAUGACAGUUACACAAUAACACCAACGCAGUAUUCAUUAUGAGUUCAAUACUCGUGCAGUUACUGAUUUACAUUGCAUGUCUGGGUCUCUUACAGGAUGCCGCAUAGUGUUGGAACCCCAUUUUUUUAUUUGUGGUUUUUUAGCGUCGCAGAUCACAAUACUAGCUUACUGCCUAUGUGUACAUGUACUUUAGUUAUUAUUUUCCUUCAAAUUAUUCUCUAAAUAUUGGUGCUCCUGUAACAAGUGACUUUCCCCACUGCGGGAUCAAUAGUCUAUUCUAUUCUAUAUUUACAAAUGUAGCAAGAACAAAUGUAUUUUUCUUCUUCUAAAAUGCUCUGGGAGGCCUCCAGAUGGCAUCAUUUGGAAUCCUAGGAUGUCCAAGGAAGGUCCCGCCUUUCUCGCCUCUGAUUGGCUAUUUCUUGUGUGAGGAAACUGCAGGUUUUUAUGUUUCCAGUCAGACUUGAGGAGUUUUUUGGAAGAAAAUGUGAACUUGUCACUAUAAUAAACAUCCUUUCCUGUUUAGCAACAAACCAGUUUCAGGUUUUUUUUUUCAUAAAGAACCUGAAAAACAUCAAAUGUGAACUUGUAAUAAAUCUUGUUUUAUUUUGUCACACUGUAGACUGACUUUUUAUCUGGUGGGUUUAUCUUAUUACUUAAUUAAUAGGCUAUCACACUUUC